UAUUUAGUCGCAUUUUGUGUCAACAUUUUCAAUUUUCAGAGCUCGUGCGAAAAUAUUUUAUUAAAAGUCUCUUAAACAUUGAUGUAAGGACCGUUUUCAAAAUGGCUAGCUUUUCGCCAAAAAACAUGCGUCAAUGUACGCGAUUCACGGGCACGCCAUGUACUCCGGAAAAAGAGCAGCAGCUCCGCGAACAAAUUCAGAACGAACUACAUAAAAUCAAGUACUGCGCCAAUCCAACAUACGAAUGUAGUUUGAUGCGCAUAGGGGAGGGCUACGAUUAUUGCAUUCGCCACAUAUUGCGUGAUCCACGUGCUAAUUAUCGUCAGUGCUCACACGUUUAUCCAAAUGGUCGCAAGUGCGUCAAUGCUGUGCCCAAAUACGAUACCAAAAAAGAACCCAUUUUGACCACGCUGUGCUUCGAGCACAAUCGCCACACGCAGUUGCAGAAAACCCACAUAACUGUGGGUAGGCUACGCAAUCGUGUGGAGACGAAUGAAACGCUUUUGAACAGUUUGGCGCAUCAUUUGAAUGUGGAGGAUAUAAAACCGGAACCCCCUAAGGCAGAGCCAGAGGAGGAAGAGAUUGAUGUAGUUUCACCGCAUGUGACUCCGUUUGUUAAUCAAGAUUAUCUGAACAAUAUUGGGCAUGUUGUAACUAGCGUACGCAAGCGCCGUCGCAUUUUGGACUAUGCUUCGGAUAGUUCCAGUAACGAUGAUGAUCCACCGUGUUUAAGGAACACUGCAAAAGAUCUGGAGCUUAAUGAAACUGAUUAUGAAAGCGCCGACUCUGAAGAAGAUGAUCCCCUUAAACAUGCCGGUGUUUAUACUCGAGUCGAGGCUGUGCGUCUGACGGAAUCCAAACUGAUCAAACUGCAGGGUCUUUACCGGGAACAGAUAUCACAUUUGCAACACGUUUUAAGGCAGCGAAGGCGUAUUUAUUUACACGACAUUCGUCGAGAACGGGAAACUUAUUGCAGCAUUCAUGACCAGCUGAAGGAUACACCACACGAGCGUAAACUGUACGAACAGCUCAAGGCACUUAAUAGUUAUCAUCGGCGUCAGGGUGUGGAGGCAGUGCUGUAUAAAAAGAUGAAGGAAAAACGAGCCCGAGCACGCGAUUCAUUGAUUGUUCCUAAGACACCCUCUUUUCCGAAAUGCAUGUUCACCGAAGGUGGCGUCAAGUGUGGCGAACGGACUUUGCCUUGCUGUAAACAUUGCCGCAAACACAUUUUGGAAGAUAAACGCCAAGUACUGUUCCGUGCUUGCGGUGUGGAAAAGAGUGGCGUUGUGUGCCAAGAGCCGGUUGCAAAUAUCUUUGAUGAUUCCACCUGUGUGCUGCAUCUGAGCGUGGCCCCUGCCAAGCUUCAGUAUAUACAAAAGUUUUAUGAAGUGCCGCGAACUCCGCCAAAAGAAAGCAUUUUUGCAGGCUGCGUCAAUCGAGAUCAUUUUCUUGACGACGAUGAAAGGACUGUCGGGUCGCUUAAUACUAAAUAUUCAGUUCAAAAUGAUCUGUUGGAUUUCACAAGUAAUCUUUUUGAUUUCGAUCUCAAUGCUGCUGGGGAUUUUGCAAAUUCAUUUGAAGAGGAUCCAGAUAUGUUAUUAAAAAUGGAAACAGAAAUUGUGCCAGAAUCAACUGAAAAUCAAGAGAGCAAUGCAGCGCUUAUUAAUAUCAAGAAUGAAGAUGGUGUGACCGUUGAUGUGAAUGAAAUUCAAAUAGGGAACAGUGUCCACGACGUUUUAAAAAUGCUCGAGAGUAUUGAAACGAUGCCUUGGCUAAAUGUUGAAGAACAAACAACAAGUUAAAAACCACUAACCCAUGCAUAAAUACGAAUCAGAAACAGAGGACGAGGAACAGUCUGCUGCCAUCGGGAUAAAGCGGGAAAAGGGUCUGCUGGACGAGUCGCAGGCAAAUAAAAAAAUUAAUGUCACAAUACAACACGGCAAGGAC